GUUAACAUGCAAAUUAGCUUCUGAAGAUAUCUAGUUAACAUGCAAAUUAGCUGCUGAAGACCACACCUCACAGAAGACAGCGCCACAGAGAAAAUAUCAACGAACCAAUUUGAGAAAUGGCACACCUAUGUGUAAUUGAAGAAAUAGGACGAAAAUGCAGAGCAUUAGAAAGAGCUUUCCAACAAGCUAACAUAAGCCACGCACGAUUGAUGCCGAUUGAGUCAUCACUUGUGAAUUUAAGAAGACUGGACGGUAUUUUAUCGGUGGAGACAAUGCAAGAACUUGUUGCUAGCCUUGAAGAACUCCGAGCUCUCAUCACCACCACACAUGCGAUGUCAGGAGAGCACAGCGAAGACGCCUUUUCAGCCCCUCGUAUGCCCUCAGGUAACGUUUGGAUUUCACUUUUAGAAUAACAUUACUCGUACAAUGGUAAUAUGGUGGUUAGCCAAAUAUACCUUGUAUUAGAGAUCCCUGUAGGUUAUUACUUAAGAUAGCUUGCUAGCUGUCGAGCGCCGAUGUUAUCUACCUUGACUUUACAGUAUUGUCUUUAUUAGCUACAUUAGUUGCUAACGUUUCCUGACCAUCUCUGCCCAACUUGUAUCUCUAACUUAUGUUCUCAGGCCAGCGAGGGAGACCUAAAAUUGCCAUAACAAGGCAGCAAAUACAGUUCCUCGUGGGUCAAGGCUACACAGUCAAGCGGAUGGGACAGCUGCUGAAAUGUUCAGCAUCUUUUUUAUAUCAGAAAACCAGAGCGCUUGGAUUACCAAUUAGGAGUUCCAGGUCAAGAACCCUAACCAAUGAGGAACUUGAAGAUCAUAUAAGAAGACUUCACAGACAGUUUCCGAGAUCUGGAAAUGAGAUGAUGAGGGCAUUGCUGCGAGCAGAAGGAUUCUUUGUAACACGACAGAGUGAGAGCGAUGCUGACUUAUAUUGACCCAGCGGCUGCUGCGCGAAGAUGGAGUGCUACCGUGGCAAGAAGAACAUACCAUGUGCCAUAUCCCAACAGUCUGUGGCAUAUGGAUGGAAACAUGCGUCUCAUCAGGUGGGGCUUAGUUGUUCAUGGAGCCAUAGAUGGAUACUCACGCCUAGUAACAUACUUAAACUGUAAUACAAACAACAAAGCUGUCACUGUACUUACACAGUUCUUGAAGGCAACAUGCCUGUAUGGACUCCCAUCCAGAGUUCGCUCUGAUCAUGGUGGGGAGAACACACAAGUAGCAUUGUUCAUGAAUAUUGUCCAGGGUGUAGAGCGCAGUAGUCACAUAACAGGGGAAUCUGUUCACAACCAGAGGAUAGAGCGCCUCUGGAGAGACGUGUUCCUGCAAGUUCUACACUACUUCUACAAUGAAUUCUACAGCCUAGAGGAUGCUGCCAUACUAGAUCCAGAAAAUGACAUCCACAAGUUAUCACUACACCCGACCUAUCUACCAGAAAUUCAACGUAGGUUGAACAUGUUUAGAGAGGCCUGGAAUCAGCACAGUCUAAGGACAGAAAACAACCGAACACCCUCACAGAUCUGGACAGAGGGCAUGCUGACCAACAUAGAGGCAGACAGCACUCCCAUCAACAACGUAUUUGGUGAUGACCCAUAUAGGGAGGACAGUUUAGAGGCCCUUCUGGCACAACAUGGCAUCAACAACUUUCGAACUGACGAAGAACAGUUCCCAGCUGUAGUUGUCCAACAACUCAAUGUAAAUCUUAACCACCAACAACAGCAAGACAUUUUGAGGGCUAUAGAGGGAAUUGUGGACUUGAAAGUGAAAUAUCAAACAUGCUGCACUGAAAUUUCUAAUAAGUUGAAUGAGCCAGCCAGGGGACUGCCUUGA